GCCUCCAUUUUUACCAGGACGUUUGCUGCAGCUGUCCACUGGCAUGCCAAAAGGAUCGGCUCAGUUGUGAGACAGACAGGGGUUCACAAGUAAACUGUGGGCACGCAAAGGUUUUUGAUCCAGGAAGGUUUACAGUCGCUGUCUUCGGCUCGACCAGGACCUGCAGCCCAGCCAUGGCGGAUCAGUACCAGUACAAUGCCAGUGAAGCGAAGAUUGUGAAGGAUAGCCACACCAAGGAGAUUGAUCUGAUCAACAGAGACCCCAAGCAGAUCAAUGACGACGUCGUGAAGGUGGACUUUGAGGAUGUCAUCGCAGAGCCUGAUGGGACACACAGUCUGGACGGGGUGUGGAAACUCAGCUACACCACCUUCACUGUGUCCAAGUACUGGUGCUACCGCAUUUUGUCCGCUGUCUUCGGUAUUCCUGUUUCUCUGCUAUGGGGUUUCCUGUUUGCGUGCAUCUCCUUCUGCCACAUCUGGGCAGUAGUGCCCUGCAUCAAGAGCUGCCUGAUCGAGUCUCAGUGCGUCAGCCGCAUCUACUCUCUCUGUAUCCAGACCUUCUGCGAUCCCUUCUUCGAAGCUCUGGGCAAGAUCUUCAGCGGCAUGCGCGUGGCAUUGCGCAAAGAAGUCUAACAACUUUCACCGUAGUGUUUCUAGUAUGAUGGGAUGAAAUGUGGCGUCUUUUUAUACACCCUGAGAUCAGUCCUAGCAUCUUGCGUAUCUGCUGACACCGCUUCUCGUUUCCUUGCAUGUUCUUUGUGCUCCCGUCCUCAGAGCUCUGAGUAUCAACACUAGUGGAAGCAGAAGCUCUGUGACAGCUGCAGCAGGCGGCAUGGUUUUGUCACAGCACUGGCACGCCUACAGGGCUCAGGGCUCCUCAUUGCGGAAGAAGAAUAUGGCCCAAAUGCGAGAACAAACCACCUGCCCUCGCUUAUGUGCGUGCCAUAGCCACAACUGCUUCUCAUCCACCACAAAUUAAAUGAAUUCCCACUGCUGCACCUUGUGGAAAACACUGUCUCUGUGCAUUCAUUUAGCUGUAGUUAAAGUUCUGUGGGUCCUGUAUGUCACUGUGCCUGAUAUUUCUGUCGACACACAAGCAAGCAUAUUAUUAUUAUAACAGCUGUGGUUUAAAAAAAAACUGGAUUAGUUUUUCUCCAAUGCUUUGACACAGUAUUUAAAAUAUUAUCUGGUUUGGUCCAAUAAAAUGAUAUAUUUCCAGAUUAUGCUGCUUCUUUUGAGCCGCAGUAGACACGGCUUUUUUUUUUUUUUUGGUUAAAGCUUUCCAGUUUUGUAUUAUAACAUGGUGAAGAGUGAAACAUUAAGCUUAAUUGUUUGCAAUUUCAGUCAAAUGUGUUACAGGCUGCCUCGCUGCCAAAGUGCAAUAAAAAGCCUCUCUGUGAGACU